AUGAAUGAUGAAUUUCUCGGUACUGCGGACAUUCAGGAGGUGACGCAAAUCAAACACCUACUGGUUGAGAAGCAGACUGAGCUUCUAUCAAUUGAGUGGCGAGAAGGUAUUGCAACUCUUGAAAUUGAAGACAGUGACAUACUAUCUGAUGAUUCUUUGGAUCAGAUUUUCAUGGACUACGACAAAAAUGAUUCAGAGGACAGUAUUGAGAUGGUUAUAUCAGAGCAAGGAACAGUCUACUCUAUAAACGAGGAAUCCUUACCCUUGAGAAGAGUUGAGGUAAAGGAUUUCAGUUACGGAUUAAUAGGGUUAUGGCUGCUAUUGAUCUGCUUUUCUAUCGCCAAAACACUCGAGAAGACUGGUCAGAGCAAUUUUUAG